AUGGAAAAGGUGGUUCUGCCUAACGGUGAAGAGCGCGAGAUCGAGAUCAAGAACUCGUUAUGUGUCCCAAGUAUGAGCAAGAACCUGCUUUCGGUGCCACAUGUUAACAGGCAUGGCAAGUUCCAAGUCAUUUUUGACGGGUCCAAGAUGUUUGUGACUCGCAAGAACUCACAGAAAGUGGUGGAGACAGCGAAUCUCGUGGAUGGACUUCACUGGCUUCGUACAACUCAACGAUCAGCGAAUGUGACAGCACGUGGAACCAGCUGUGCUGAUCUACAUGCGCGAAUGGGUCACGCUCCACUCGACGUACUUCGCAAGAUGGUCAUGACCAACAUGAUCAAGGAUAUUAUUGUCCCUCUUAAGUCGAAUGGAGCAACUGCAUGUCGAGGGUGCCAACAAGGGAAAAUGGUCCAAAAACCAUUCCCAAGCAAACGCGACAAGCGUAACUACGAUACGUUCGAGCUGAUUCACCUGGACAUAUGGGGCCCAUGGAAAACGAUUCGCUCGGUGCCAGCAGAUAUUUGCUACUGA